AGUAUAUAACGCUCCAUUCUCAUCUCUUUUCUCUUUAUCAAAAAAACAAAAAGAGAUGACUUCCUCACUUCAACUCCACCGAAUCAACCACCACAGCACCGCCACACUCGCCGGAAACUUCCCCGCGACGAUGACUAACAAUAAUGUCGAUGUCCCUGACAACCUCUACCAUUACCACAACCACUCUGUGGUUCCCAACAACCAGUGCUGCUCCGCCGUGGUCCGUUCCAUCUCCGCCCCAAUCGACAUCGUGUGGUCCAUAAUCCGCCGUUUCGACAAUCCGCAAGCCUACAAAAACUUUCUCAAGAGCUGCCACAUCAUCGUCGGCGACGGCAAAGUUGUCGGUUCGCUCAGGGAGGUCCACGUCAUCACCGGCCUCCCCGCGGCUUCGAGCAUCGAGAGGCUUGAAAUUCUAGACGACGAGAAAAAAGUGAUGAGCAUUAGUAUUGUCGGCGGGGAUCACCGGCUGACUAAUUAUAGAUCGGUGACGACGCUUCAUCGGACGGCGGCGGAUGAUGGGGGCGAUGGCGACGGGACAGUGGUGGUGGAAUCAUACGUUGUGGAUGUACCGCAGGGGAAUACAAUGGAAGAAACCAGUGUAUUCGUUGAUACAAUUGUACGGUGCAAUUUGCAAUCGUUAGCGCAAAUCGCGGAGAAUAUGGAGAAAACUAAGAGUACUUAGAGCCCGUUGGAUUGACUUAAAAAAGUGAUUUUUGUAUAUAGAGUGUUUUUAGAACUUUUAAGUAUUGAAAGUUAUUUUUAUAAAUAAGCAGUUGAGUGUU